ACUUUUGGCAGCCAUUGUUUGUCUAAAAAAUUCCAAUUUAUUAACUCUUCUUCUCCUUUCUUCUUACGGCAGAAAAAAUUUUUUGUUAUGGUUGAGUAAUUCUAUUGGAUGUCUCUCACGUUUUGUAAGUUUUUUUUCUUCUUCUUCAGAUAACGGGUAGGGUUAUGGUUGUAAUGAGUUUUUGAAGUCUAUUAUUUGGAAUCAAAUAAUUGAAGAAGGCUACAAAUUUGGGACUAUGUGGGAAAGCAAUGGAGUGAUUUUGAAUGAGAAGGUUUCGGCAAUGACAGGUCAGCAACUUAGCUUGCAGCUUUGUUUUAUCAAUUUUCAUACCGGCGGGAAGGUGGCUUUGACCCUUUAUGUUACAUGUCUAAAUAGUGGGGUAUAUCCUUCAGAGAUCCUUCCAUAUGAGGUACAGGAUCCCAAGACUGAUUCACAAAAAUCGAGGCCAGUUGAGAAUGAAAUUAGAUCUGCAGCUGAGAAUCUUGAAGUUGGAUACAUGAGGAUAUUGAGGCUCUGCAGAUGUGUUUCCCAAGUUCUGCAAGCUUCAAGCAUGUAAAAUUUGUAAACAAUGGAGGUUAGUAAAUAGGACACUUCAUGCACUUGUCCAUUAAAUUUGGGCAUUGUAGUUGGUGUUUUGUGGAUGGUGAGUACAGGAGGUCCUGUCCUUGCUCUUAUAUUUUAGCUGAUGAUAGCUCCAUCAUGUAUUUGAGAUUUCUAUGUGUUCCUAUAGCGAUGUUCUAGCUAACUGUCCAUCGCUACGAGUGUAAAGUUAACAAGUCAAUCUAGUUUUGUGAGCUUGAGGAUUUCUUUGUUCCUGUUGUCAUUCCAAUUGUUUAUUUGUUAAAAAAACUAAGUUUCACAAGUUAAAAUGACCACAACUUUGUUUGGAAAGGAAAAA